GAUAUAGAUCAAUAUUAUCAUGAGAAAAAAAAGUGUUAUAAGUAAAUAAAUAAAUAAUCUUUCUAAUAUUUCACUAUUUGUCUUAUCUAACGUUGACUAAUUCUAAUACUCGAAAAAACAAAAUGAUUCGUUGUCUAAAAUAUUUGAGCCUUUAUAAGCCUCGUUUAAGCCUUUAUAACUAUUAUAGGCGAAGUCUCAUCCCAUACGACCUUUGGUUUAGUAUUAUCGUUCUGUAAUAAUACCGUCGUAAUAUCGUUAGUUGCGACAGCUGCAAACAAUGAUUUUUCUACUCUUCGUCCGAUUUAAUUCCACUUGUUCAAUUUCAUUAGUUCCUUAAUUUAAGAAAGAUGCGCUGCUAUGAAUUUUCAUGAUAGCUUGCAACAGAUAAAAUGAUGUGACGUGUGUCAAAUUUUUAAUCGAAUAUAUCUUGAAAUUAUUAACAAUCUAUAUGAAACUUGCAGUGCAAAGAUAGCACCGAAAGAAAUAGCAUUAUCGCAUGGCACUUCAGGUUUCAAUAUCUUGGCAAUAAAGCUAUUUUGUAUUGUAACCCUUUAGAGGAGAUAAUUAGGGAAAUCACACAAAACUAUUUACGAUGACUGGCCCUUGGAUACCAAUGAAGAUUAUCCAUCACAAAGCGAACGAUACAUGGGCUUAGUAAAUGCCGUUUAUUGCUGGCCCUCCGUGAAAGUACUCUACUGUAUUGUUUUCUCCAUGAACCUGGCUGGCCUUUUAGCCGUCAUUCUGGCCAUUUUCUGGGCCGUACGAUUCGAAAGAGGCUUUGCCGAUUACCUGAAUCUUAUCACCCCUGGUUACAGUUUUCUAAAAUACGGCCUUAAGUCUAUCGAAUCUUUUUCCAAUUUAAUCAGAAAAAUUCUCCCAUUUCUCGGUGAUGGUCAUACGACGAAUUUUUUAGAAUUCGCUUUUUUUUUAUUGUGUGGGUUAACGAGCGGAUCACGACGAGCAGGUGACGGUCACGUGUGGACCGCGAUCAUCGUGUCUGCUGGCGUUUGCUGUUCCCCUGCCUAUAUCCUGGGAAUUAAGUGCUGGCUCUACCUGAAACUAGAACCAGCUAGAAACGAUUUAGAGGAUCAACACAAAGUAGACGACAACGUAGAUCCUCACGAUGUGAAUCGGCUUCUAUUCUUCCACGUGAUUGCCUGCCUGCUGUCAGGAUUCUUGGUAGCUAUUCUAAAUGCCACUUACUUGAUUCUGUUGAGCGGAUUUCAGCAAAAAAGCCGCGAUGGCUUGAUAGAAGCCAUGGAGAAAUAUGGAAUUGACGUCGCUGUGAAGGCGAGGGUGGACGCUCUUCAAACCGAACUCGAAUGUUGCGGGGAUAAUAGUUACGAAGAUUGGUUUCGAGUUCCGUGGCUGAAACUGUCGAUGGAGGGACCCGAGGAUAUGGAGAACGGUCCUCGACUGGAAGGGCAGUGGGUAUAAUCGAACCAAUUACCAUUUAUUAUUGUUAAUAACAAGAAUUAAAUGGUUAGUGACCAUCGUGCACGCUAGUGUAGAAAAGGAAACAAAGUGUUAGCAAUAAAUGUGAAAAAUGGUUAAAAGGAUAAUCGAGGAACUUUCUGAGAAAAUGAACUACGAAACUACAUCGUGAAUUGAGGAAAUUGCACUUUAAUACUAGUUUCUAAAUAGCAACUACGUUUAAUUAUCGAUAAUUAUAGUGGUCUUGAAGAAUUUUUUCUUGCUUUAUAUUUACAGAAUAAAUACGAACAUAGCGCUUCACUCGGCACCUAUAAAUGUGUUUACCAUGUGGCUCCUAAAUAUUUUUUCAGAAUGUUCCUUAAAAUAUGAUGAUUGUCGAACGAUUUUAGGAGAACGUAGAUAA